AUGCCCGGCUGUGCCAGGGCCAGGGUGACCAAGUCCGGGCAGACCUGGGGCAGGCACUGCAGCUUAUCUGCAUCGAGGCCAGGGUUGCCCUCGAUGGUGAGCUCCUGGUGGCGCAGCUUCCUGAAGGGCUCCAGGCACGGCCCUGGCCCGAGGCCGGCGUGA